AUGCCAACCCAUAAGUUUCAAGCUUCGGCCUUCGUUACCAUCCCCGCAGUAUCCGCAACACUUGGGUGGCCGUGGAUAAACCCCCCGCCUGGAAUUGGACAUGGCGGCAAGCACAGCGACAACGAUCUGCUAGCCGCGAAGGCAGGGAAGAAGUAUUUCGGCACUGCCACCGACAACGGCGAGUUGAACAACAAGGACUAUACAAAGAUCCUGAACAACAACAAGCAGUUCGGACAGCCUACUCCUUCUAAUGGACAAAAGUGGAUGUACAUUGAGCCAGAGCAAAAAAUGUCUUCAACUUCACAAACGGAGAAGUUUCUGGCACAGCAGCUCCCCGAAUGGGUUAGUUCCGGUCCAGUUGCCCUCACCCAGUGGAAGGGCAAGUGCUACGCCUGGGACGUCGUGAACGAGGCCUUCAACGACGACGGUACCUUCCGCGAGACCGUCUUCUACAACGUCAUCGGCGAGGACUACUUCGCACUCGCCUUCGAGACCGCCGCCGAAGGUCGACCCUCGCGCAGCGACAAGACCAGGGCCGUGCAGAAACCCGUCCGCAGCCUCAAGAAGCAGAAUGUCAGGAUUGACGGUGUCGGCGCACAGGCGCAUCUGAUCGUUGGUUCCACGCCCUCGCUCGAGGCGCAAAUCCAGAACCUCCAGGACUUCGGGGCUACCGGCGUCGAGGUUGCGCAGACCGAGCUUGAUAUCUGUUGA